AUGAAGGAACUGGAAAUUGAUCUCCAGGCCUUAUGCUGUCAAACUGAAAAUGAAGGCAGUGUUGGCUUCUCAAUUCAAACCAACUUUGAAAAUUACAGAGCCUGGGAAAGAAUUGCUGAUUUUUGUUUAAAGGAGGAAACAGAUGUUGUUGGUGUUGAACAACAAAUAGAGGAAUUGGUAGCUCGGUUAAUUCCCAAACCCGAUGACGAUGAUCGAGGUCAGUCCACUCAAGUUAUAGGAGUCGUUGGUGAGGGAGGCUCCGGCAAAACAACUUUGGCAAAAAGUGUAUACAAUAGACCUGAUGUGAAGCAACAUUUCACCCAACGUGCUUGGGUUCAAGCCUCUAAUGUGUUGAAAGCUAGAGAUGUGUUCAUGGACAUACUAAAUCAAAUUCAUCCAGAUGGGUUCUUCCUGGAAGCAAUAAUCUCAGAUGAAGAAGUAAUGGUUAAGCUUACUCAAGUCUUAAAAAAGGCCAGGCAUCUUAUUGUCGUUGAUGAUAUCGAGGCGUUCCAAGUUUCUCAAUCUCUCCAAGCUGCUCUUUGUUCCUCAUCAUCACAUGAUAGCAGAGUAAUUAUCACUGCUCGCAAGAAAAGAUUUUUACCAUUGGAGGCUGCUCAUUCAGCUUUACUGGUGGUGCUUGGAAGUUUGUUGUCUACUAAUGAAGGAAACCAUGAUAAGUGGUCAAAAGUGAUUGAGCGUGCAAUUACUAAUUUCAGGGGAGAUGUGUUAGCUUUAAGCUAUCAAGAUUUACCUGCACAAGUAAAAUCAUGUUUUCUUUACUUGAUGCUUUUUCCUAUAGCAUUUGAGAUCCCUGUGAGGAGGUUGAUUCAUCUGUGGUGUGCUGAAGGAUUUACGACAUCAUUUGACUCUCAUUAUCAGAAUAUAGACCCGGAAGAUGUUGCAGAGAUGUACUUUGAAGAACUAGUUAUCAGAAACUUGAUUCAAGUAACUAAAUGGAGAUAUGGUGGAUGUCCAAAAUCAUGUCGCAUCCCCAGAGUUGUAUAUGAUGCCUUCUGUCAAAAAGCAUCGGAUCUGGGGUUCGUUUACAAUCCACAAAAUUCAUCUCAUGCAUCCAACCAAAUUGUUGUUCGGCGACUUUCACUUUACUUGAAUGACAUCAAGUCAUCUUCAAAUCGUCCUCAUCAUCUUCGCCAUGUACGUUCUUAUGUUGCUUUUGACUCCCAAAUACGAGGCCCGGGUACUGUAGGAAUUGAAUUCUUUCUCAACUCCUCUAUAUCUAAUAGAAGCUUUUGCUUGCUAAAAGUGCUUGAUCUUGAGGGUGUAUACAAGCCUAAGAUAGGAGAUUAUUUUGUGGAAAAACUGUUGCUGUUGAGGUAUCUAGGCUUGAGAUCAACUUUUAUUGAGUACCUUCCACAUUCUGUGUGGAAAUUGCCAGAUCUGAAGACUUUAGAUUUGAAGCGCACGCACUUAACCAGCCUCGCUGCAUGCAGGCUGGAACAUCUCUAUUUUGACUGGAUUAUUGAGGAAUUUGCUGACACAUUAUUUCUUCUAAAGAACGUGCGCACAUUAUGGGGGCUAAGGAUACGCAAUUAUGAUCGGAGUAUAAUGGAAUAUCUGAAAAAGCAGACAUUCCUCAGAAAGCUAAAGCUGAAGUUCAGUCAUUUGUUCGUGAAUGGCAAAAUAUAUGAGUGGACUUCUGGACUUACUACACUUCAAUCGUUGAAGCUGGCAUACUUAGAUAAUGAAAAUCAUCCAGAAUUCGGAGACAUGAAAAGCUUGUACAGGCUAAAUGACCUGUAUUUGAGAGGCAGAUUAGUACCACGGAGUUAUGCAGAAUUAAAAAAUUUUUUCCCUCCAAACCUUAGGAGGUUAACCUUGUCGCUGUCGGGCAUAAUAGACUACCCAAUGCGAAUACUAGGGGAGUUGCCUGAACUGAACAUCCUCAGGCUUUUUGCUGAUUCCUACGCGGGUGAAAAAAUAGAAUGUAAAUCUGGAGAAUUUCCCAAACUUCAGGUCUUGAAACUUUGGAAGCUACAAGCAGUGGAAUGUUGGAUAAUUGAGAAAGAAGCCAUGCCUUGCCUCAGAGAAAUCGAGCUCAGAAGCUGCACAAAAUUGACAUCUAUUCAAGGGUUGGAAAAUGUUACCACUUUGAAAGAUAUAACAUUAACAAACAUGCCAUCAGAAUCUCGCUCGCUGUGGCACCAUACAAAUACAUCCGUCAAAAUCAACCAGUGGUGAAACUCUCCUUAUUAACGAUUGCCGGUAGCAAGUGAUCAUGAUGACUGUUGUGCAAAAGGGUUAGCGCAGUGUAAGACAUAAGGACAUAAUUGUCAAUUAUUUAGAGAUUAUGCAUUAUUCACUUUGAGUUUAUGUUUGUGGAUAUGUGUGGACAAUCUAUAUAUGUUACAUACUAGUUGGUUUAUGGAGUAUAUGGUUACAUUAUUCAAAUAUUCUUUGUAUGUUUUUCAUAUGUAAUAUUUUUAUAUGGGUAUUUAUGGUAUUUACAAAUUAUGA